AUGUCAGCAAAUUCAACCAAGGUUUUUGAAGAUAAUUCUUUUUUGCCAAUUGUUUAUGAAGCCAACUUUACCGUUGCUUUAGAAAUUUUCGAAGAAUUUGAAGCUUGGCUACAGGAAUACCUUAGCGCCACUUUAAACACCAAACCUGGUUUUCGUGACGCUGAAGUGUUUCAGCGUGACCCACGAAAUGACGGUGGAGACCCUGAAGUUAAGAAUCCCGAUCGAGUUCAUAAAUAUAUUACUGUGCUCUUUGAAAUAGACAAUAAAGAGAGUAUUGAUCGUUAUUUAAAUGAAGAGAAAGAGAAUUAUGAUUCGCAUUCGGCUACCCAUGAGCGCAAAUAUAGUAUGCUAGAACGGUCGUCUGGAUUUUUGGGAAAAGAACAGCAUUUUUCAAACCAAGAGGAGCCAGUGAAUGCCGCAAUGCCAAAUGGUUGGUGGUCAGCAGUCAAUCCAAAAUCGGACUCCGUCACCACAAAUUGUGAGAUCAUAUUAAAUAAUAUCGAAAGUUGUUUAAUUGAUAUGAAAAAGUCGCGGGACGAAGUGAUAACAAAUAUUGAUCAAGUUUUAGAACGGGAGAAGACAAAGCUUAUUUUGGAAAAAGAGAAAAGUUCCAGUGAAUUAAGGCUUUCUAGAUAUCGCGCUGAAAUUGCUGACCAGAACAAAGCACUUGAAGAAGAUCGACAACGUAUAAAUUCUUUACGUGAAAAUAUUCGAUUACGUCGUGUUGCUUUAGAAGACGCGAGAAGUCGUUAUCAAACAGGAAAUGAUUAUUUGGAGGAAAGCCACAAGCUAUUGGAACGAGCUCGGGUUGAUGUUCUUAGCGAAGCCCUCUUCGUAACAACUUCUAAACUUUGUGCUCGCCAGAAGGAGCUAGUUGCUGACCUACUCACUAUAUAUCCUAUAGAGCAGGUACAGUCAGAAUCCUUCUCUUUCAAAAUUCUUGGUGUUCCAUUACCAAAUUCAGCAUUCACAGAUCAAGUUGCUACAGCAUUGGGAUUUACUUGCCACCUCAUUCAUAUGCUCGCGUAUUAUCUUGGUGUACCUUUAAGGUUUCCAAUGACCCCUAUGUCUUCUAAGUCAAUAAUACGUGAUCCAAUAUCGACGUCUUUAUCAACAUCAAGACAAUUUCCUUUAUACUCUAAAGGUGUCGAUCGUUUUCGAUUUGAGUAUGCUGUGUUUUUACUAAAUAAAAAUAUAGAACAGUUGAUGAAUUCUCAAGGAUUGCUUGUAAUGGAUUUAAGGCACACACUCCCUAAUUUGAAGUACCUUAUUCUUAGCUUGAUAUCACGCAAAGUUGUUCCUUAUAAUUACAAAAGCGCAAAUAAGUUACGUUGUCCCAUCGGUGUAAAAGAUCUUAAAAGAAUUGAAAGCUCUUCAUGGCCUAUGUUUCGAUACAGAACAUUCUUUUCAGUUACUACGGUUCCAUCUAAAGAGACACGCGGUAAAAUAGAUGACAAAAAGUUUGAGACUUAG